GUCAUGCGCAAUUGUUUCCAAAGAAACGCCAUCUUCUGGAAGAGGCAAAUGUUGUUGCUCGAUGAUGACAACUUUUGCUGAUAACUUUUGGGGGGAAAAGAACAAUGGGUUCUUCGUGGUGUACACUAAUAUGAAAAAUGGCCAGACUUCCACCAAGGAUCUUAUAGAUUUCCUAAAGGAAAGCUGUGCUGUGGAGGAAUCUUACAGCAAAUUGCUUGCCAAACUUGCAAAGCUUACUUCCAACACAGCUGUAGUUGGAACGUUUGCACCAUUUUGGGCCGUGCUAAGGUCUCUUAUAGAGAAGCUGUCCAGCCUGCACAUGCAACUGGUGCACACAUGGUCAGAUCUCAUCAAGGACAUGGUUCGCUACAGUGAUGAACAGCACAAGCGUCAUAAAUCUAUGAAAGAAACAGAACAAGGCACUUUGGAAGUUGUUCAAGCAAUACAACAAACAACAGUUGCCUUGCAUAAGGCACGAGAGAUAUACCAUACACGAUGUAUUGAGCGGGAGCGAUUGAGAAGGGAAAAUGCAUCACCAAAAGAAUUGGAAAAGGCAGAAAUUAAAUACAAGAAAGCAUUUGACGAAUACAAAAAUUUGAUUGACAAAUAUGAAUCAGUGAAAAGCGUUUUUGAAAAGAAGAUGACUGAUUCUUGCCAGCAUUUUCAAGAACUGGAAGAGGAACAUAUCUGUCAGAUGAAGGAUUUCAUUGAUACAUAUGCAAAAUCAUGGGAGAAUGAACAUGCCCUGCUAGGACAGGUGCAUCGAGAGUUCAAGCUGAACUGUGAUGAGCUGACCGUGCAGAAACUAAUAUCUUCAUUCAUGGAGGCCAAGAGAACUGGUACAGAAAAACCAGGCCCCAUAGAAUUUGUGGAGCCAGACUUGUCAAGUAUGUCAACCCCUGUGACACGCCCAAUGUCUCCGGACCCUGCAACAAGUGACAAGCGUGAUAGUCUGACGGAGAAGCAGAAACAAGAGGCUGUCCUGUUUUUUGCUGACUCUAGCGGAAGCCCGAGUCCCGUUCUGUCUGAUCAGCCAGGCCCACUCAGCCGAAGCGUGAAGCUACGCGUGUCGCGCACAUGGUUCUUGAAGAACAAAAAUAAGAAGAAAGAGAAGAAGAAAGAAAAAGAAGACAAAGAUGACAAAGACAGUGAAUCUGUGGAUGCUGAAAGUCAAGGGGAUGGCCCUGAAGCAGAAGUAGAUGAAGAAGGAUACCGCAUUCGUCCAGAUAAUCCUAUGGAUAAUAAUGGAGAUAAAAAUAGCUGGUACUCCAGUGAUAGCGACACUGAUUCAGAUGGUGAAGAAAGCAGAAGAAAAAUAAAAGUGGAAAUUCGACCACUGAGUCCAACAAACAAUAGUUCUACAACAGGCACCAUUGAAGACAUCCGUGCCUCCUUUGAGGGGCUUAGAUUAUCUCCCUCUGCAGUGAGAAAGCGAAGUCAGACCCCAAUUGACAAGAAGAUGAAGAGGUCACAGUCAGAGUCAGACACACUUGAGAAAUAUUGUACUCUAGGCCGGAAUCGUACUCGUGGUAAACCAAGUCAAGAUCUCCUCAACCUUGACUUUUUUGGUACUUCCUCCAGUGCUUCCACACCAACAGGCACCUCGUACACCCUGCCAUCUCCCAUCUCCCCCAAGACUGAGAUUAACUGGAACCUUGCCUCUGCAGGCCCACAGACCUCAAGGUCCUCUUUUCCGACAUCAUCCCCAUCCAACCUGACUGACUUGCUAAGCCCAAGCAAUGAGAGUGGCAGCAGUAUAGGGGGCAGAUCAAGUACAAAUCCACACCUACUAGCCAGCUCAACUCCCCAACUACCAGUGGCAGCAUAUCCUUUCCUGCUGCUCUCCCGGCCAGGCCUCCGUCACGCUCAAGGGCAAUUCUCCCACAGGGCACUUUCAAGAAUGCUGCAUCAAAUUCAGAGCUCACCUCUGAAAGUUCAGAAUGGACCUGCAAGCUUAGUUCGCAGUGACAGUAGUGGACCAGUCACAUUCAACACUACCUCAAUGCCAGUAGGAUCUUCACGAGGCCCCAGUCCACUCACCAUCGGCAUGUCUGACACUAUUCCCCUUGCUAUAGCCUUCACAGAAACAGUCAAUGCCUUCUUCAAGGGUCAUGAUGCCACAAAGUGUGUUGUACGGAUGUCAGGCAACCUGAUGAUGUCAUUUCCAGCAGGUGUUGUCAAGGUCUUCACAGACAACCCAUCACCACCCUCUUUAUCUUUUCGUAUACGAAGCAAUGGUCACCUUGAAAACUUGAUUCCCAAUAGCAGUCUGUUAUCUAAGGACAGCAGUCAAAACACAGGUGUUGACACGUUGACAUUCACAUUUGACAUGUUGUCACUCAUAGAGCAUCUACGACAUCAGGGAGAACAGAAUAAGACAGCCUCCUAUUUCAAUGUUGACAUCCUUAAAUACCAGAUAAAAGCCAAGGCAGGUGUUGAUAGCACCCCACUGCCACUGGUAGUGUACUGGAAGUGUGAAGAAAACACAACGGAUUUUCGCAUGGACUACCGCUACAAUGCCUCAGCUAUGUCAGUUGCUGCCACGCUGAAGAAUGUCACUGUCGCAGUUGGACUUGAUGCUGAGGUGUUAAAAAUGCAUAGCCUGCCAUCAGCGAAUUGGGAUGCUGACACAAAACGUGCCAUGUGGAAACUGAACGACAUAUCAGAUGUCAGUGAACAAGAGUCACAGGGCUGCAUUCGUGCCAAGUUUGACAUCAAAGAUGGCCCAGCAAAACCAACCACCACAGCCUUGCAAUUUGCUGCAGAGGGUGCCACACUUUCAGGGGUGGACUUUGAGUUAGUAGGCACAGGCUACAGGAUGUCGCUUAUUAAGAAGCGCUUUGCAACAGGUGAGCUAAGUGACCAAGUUCUUCUUAGUUGUAUUUAUAUCUUCCAUUCAUAAGAUCAAGAUUUGUAAUAACUUCUCGGUCGUUAUGAUAAGAAGCUGCUUAAAAGAUAUUAAUGAACAACACUAUUAAAAAAAAACUGGUGACAAUAUGUGUUUAACUCAGUUGCUUUAUAUCACCCUGUCCCUCUCCAAGAUUUGCCUACCAGGUGCACUUAAACUUUAGCAAAAUCAGCAUCAAAAUAGUUAAAAAAUAAACAUGAUUUACACAUGAGUUUAGAGCAUCUGGGUUUAUUUUUUAAAUACAUUUUAAAAUGCAUGAAGGGUCACUUAAGUAAAUUUGUGUUCAAGUGAAAAGACCUGAAAAAAAAUCCCACAUAAAACCUGUUACAUUUGAUCCCUGAACAGCAUGGGUUUGAUCUGUGCAAUUCCACUUAUAUACACUUAUUUUUUCCCAUUAUAUUGGACAAUUGUUUUUUAGACUUGAAUUUGAAAAUAAACUUAUAGCCAAAUCUCAUAUCCCAGAAACAAAAAAAAGGUAGAUUAUGAGUGCAUCAAAUAUAUGAACAUGUUCGUCUGUUUUAUCAUAUAUUAUCAUAAAACAUGCAAAAAUCCAUUAGAACAGCUAAUGUAUUAAAACUUAGUCGAAAGUUUAAUGUGGAUUAUCAGUUUUAUAGGGUGUUAGCAGCUCUAACUCCUUCAUUGUUCAAAGGUUUACUCUUAUUCACUUU